CUUCUCUGUUCUAGCACCUCGGUAACCUCCGCCAAAGUGGCUGUGAACGGUGUCCACCUGCAUUACCUGCGGACCGGAGAGGGCGAGCACGCCGUCCUGCUGCUUCCUGGAAUGCUGGGAAGUGGAGAGACUGAUUUUGGACCUCAGAUUAAAAACCUAAAUAAGAAGCUCUUCACAGUGGUUGCGUGGGAUCCUCGAGGUUAUGGACGUUCCAGACCCCCAGAUCGAGAUUUCCCGGGGGACUUUUUUGAAAGGGAUGCAAAAGAUGCUGUUGAUUUGAUGAAGACGCUGAAGUUUAAGAAGGUCUCUCUGCUGGGGUGGAGUGAUGGUGGUAUAACAGCCCUCAUUGCUGCUGCAAAAUACCCAUCCUACAUCCACAAGAUGGUGAUUUGGGGGGCCAAUGCCUACGUGACCGAGGAAGAUGAGAUGAUUUACCAAGGUAGGCUCCAUGAACGGGAGGCGUCAUGAUGAGUAGCACUCCUCCCCCCCAAGUUCUUACUUGAAAUGUGCUGAUAAGCCACGUCUCAUCCUCUCCCAGUCUCAAUUCUAAGGCAGGAAGAAUAACUUCUAAAAGUAGUGCGAUUCUAAAGAACUUAAUAAACUGAUGAACAGAAUAGGUUCAAUGACAUGGGAGCAUAGAUGAGACUGAUGAAUGU